AUGGUGAGCAGUGUGUUGUGCCGCUGCGUGGCUUCCCCGCCGCCGGACGCCGCCACCGCCGCCUCGUCGUCCGCCUCGUCGCCGGCGUCCGUGGACCCGUGCGGCGGCGCCGUCUGCGGGGGCCCGGACCACCGGCUGCGCCUGUGGAGCCUCUUCCAGACCCUCGACGUCAACCGUGACGGCGGCCUGUGUGUCAACGACUUGGCCGUGGGACUGCGGCGCCUGGGACUGCACCGCACCGAGGGCGAGCUUCGGAAAAUCGUGCAAGCUGGAGAUAAAGACCUCGACGGGCAACUCGACUUUGAAGAAUUUGUCCAUUAUCUGCAAGAUCAUGAGAAGAAGCUGAGGCUGGUGUUCAAGAGUUUGGACAAGAAGAAUGAUGGACGGAUCGACGCUCAGGAGAUCAUGCAGUCCCUGCGGGACCUGGGAGUCAAGAUCUCCGAACAGCAGGCAGAAAAAAUUCUCAAGAGAAAGACCCACACCUCCCUGGUCGUGGCCAUGUUGGUGCCCCGCCUGCAAGCCCCUUCGCUUGGGGUUCACCUCCAAUCUGUCUCCCACUGUGUCCAGAUCUUCGAUGUGGGUGAGAAUCUGACGGUCCCCGACGAAUUCACAGUGGAGGAGAGGCAGACGGGGAUGUGGUGGAGACACCUCGUGGCUGGAGGCGGGGCAGGGGCCGUGUCCAGAACUUGCACGGCACCCCUGGACAGACUCAAGGUGCUUAUGCAGGUUCACGCUUCCCGAAGCAACAACAUGUGCAUCGUGGGCGGGUUCACCCAGAUGAUUCGAGAAGGUGGGGCCAAAUCCCUCUGGCGGGGCAACGGCAUCAAUGUCCUCAAAAUUGCCCCUGAGUCGGCCAUCAAAUUCAUGGCCUAUGAACAGAUCAAGCGUCUUGUGGGGAGUGACCAGGAGACUCUGAGGAUUCACGAGAGACUUGUGGCAGGGUCCUUGGCUGGGGCCAUCGCGCAGAGUAGCAUCUAUCCAAUGGAGGUUCUGAAGACCCGGAUGGCCCUGCGCAAGACAGGCCAGUACUCGGGCAUGCUGGACUGUGCCAGGAAGAUCCUGGCCAGAGAAGGGAUGGCCGCUUUCUACAAAGGCUAUGUUCCCAACAUGCUGGGGAUCAUCCCCUACGCUGGGAUAGACCUAGCCGUCUACGAGACGCUCAAGAAUGCCUGGCUGCAGCGCUAUGCGGUAAACAGCGCCGACCCUGGCGUAUUUGUGCUCCUGGCCUGUGGCACCAUGUCCAGCACCUGCGGUCAGCUGGCCAGCUACCCACUGGCCCUGGUCAGGACCCGGAUGCAGGCCCAAGCCUCCAUCGAGGGCGCCCCGGAGGUGACCAUGAGCAGCCUCUUCAGACAGAUCCUGCGGACCGAGGGCGCCUUUGGCCUGUACCGGGGGCUGGCCCCCAACUUCAUGAAGGUGAUCCCAGCCGUGAGCAUCAGCUACGUGGUUUACGAGAACCUGAAGAUCACCCUGGGCGUGCAGUCGCGGUGA